AUGGGGAAAUCAUCCAAAGACAAGCGUGACGCAUACUACAGGCUUGCCAAGGAACAAGGUUGGCGGGCAAGAAGCGCGUUCAAGCUGCUUCAACUUGAUGAAGAGUUCAACCUGUUCGAGAAUGUUACUCGGGUCGUGGAUCUCUGUGCUGCGCCCGGAAGUUGGUCGCAGGUGUUAUCCAGGGUUCUUAUCAAAGGCGAGAAGUUUGGGCGUUGUGCCUGGCAAGACCGGGAAGCCAGGUUUCGCCAGCACAUGCUUAAUGUCAUCCCCUCGGAUGUAGCCCCUGACCAGGGCGAAAAAGGGUCAGAAGAAGGCCUCCUUCAGAACGAGGAAGCCAGUCCCCAAAGGGACGUCAAGAUCGUUUCCAUCGACCUGCAACCAAUCAGCCCUCUUCCCGGCAUCGUCACCCUCCGAGCAGACAUCACCCACCCCGCCACAGUUCCUCUGCUCCUGAAGGCACUGGAUCCCGACUAUGAUCCGGAGACCAUGAACCAACAAGCGUCACAUCCGGUGGACCUGGUUCUGAGCGACGGCGCUCCAGAUGUUACUGGUCUCCAUGAUCUCGACAUCUAUGUCCAGUCGCAGCUGCUGUUUGCUGCACUCAACCUUGCCCUGUGCGUGCUGAAGCCCGGGGGCAAGUUUGUCGCCAAGAUUUUCAGGGGCCGCAACGUGGACCUGCUGUACGCGCAGCUCAAAAUCUUCUUUGACAAGGUCUACGUUGCGAAACCCCGCUCAUCACGAGCGAGCAGUGUGGAAGCCUUUAUCGUUUGCAUAAACUUCCAGCCCCCCGAGGGAUUCAAGGCGAGUCUCGAAGAGCCUCUGGGUGUUGGUAACCGGCUGCCCAAAAUGUUGGCGCAAAGAAACGCGGCGUUACCGAUCACUGCACCAGAAAUAAUGCAAGACUACGUGACUGGCGCCUGGAACUUCAUACCCGAACGGGUGCAAACUGUUCACGGUGACGGGAUCUGCGAUGUCGAGGUAGAGGAUCUGUCUAUCGAACCCUUCGACAAAGACAUCCGGUGGAUCGCCCCUUUCGUCGCAUGCGGCGACCUCUCAGCCUUCGAUUCGGACGCCUCGUACAAACUCCCAGAUGACCACGUCUCACUCGACCCGGUCCAGCCGCCCACAGCGCCGCCGUACAAGCGAGCCAUUGAGCUCAGAAGAGCUAACGGCGGGGCAUACGGCAAACCCCCAGGGAAAUGA